AUGCCGAUUCUGUCCUUCCCGGGCGAGAAGGCGCUGCGCUUCGUGGGGGACACCUCGGCGGCCGAGAGGGACGCGGACUCGCGUCCUGAUGCACGCCCGCGCGCACGUCGUGCUCGCGUCGGAGAGCGCCAGGGCCAGCGCCGCGGAGGCCGCCGCCGCGCUCCGCGCGUACCUCCGCGUCGUCUACGCGUCGAAGAUGAUGGCCGGGCCGAGCCAGCAGAAGCUCCGCUUCGCGUGGCGCGGGACGAGAGCGGCAAGAAGAAGGCGGCGGCGGCGGCGGCUAAGGCGCAGGGCCAGGGGCACACGUCGCUGACGCCGUGA